AUGGGGCAAGCCGCGCCAGGUGCUGUCCACCACCCCUCUGACGAUCAUUUCUCGCCGCUUUUCUGCCGCCCGGCCUCUGCCCGUGCCUUGGGUACUUACAUAGACUCGCUGGUACCGCCGCCAGCAGCACCAGCAGCACCAGCAGCACCCGCACCAUCACCACAACAACCACAACAACCACAACCACGGCCCCGGCCCCGGCCUCGCGCGCAUCUGCCUUCUGUCCGCUUCAGCGAGGUUCACGAGGAAAUCGAGCCUGCCCAGGCCGUGCGAGAUGUUGCCGACCUCACUAGCAGCCCCGCCGAAGCGCCCCAGCAUGGCCCACUGAGCCCCCAGGCCGAAGCAGAGCUACGCAGCCUGUCGUCGACCCUCCAGAAGUCCCGCAUGCAGGCAAAACGCAUGGAGAACUUCUCGUUCGAGCCCGUCUCGCUUCCACCCUCCCGCGCACCUUCACCCAGCCCAGCCUCGCGAACAAUUUCAGGACACUCCGCACAUCGCUCUUCCAUACCCUCUUCGCCUGCCUCCGCCAUGCAUUCUCCACCAUUGACGCCUGCAGGAACAUCGUCCCGGGAUGAAAAAGCAGGCGGCCAAGUACACAGCAAACAUCCAAGCGACCCCGCCCUCAUGACGCCGCAAAUCUCACCUCCCCAUGAGCCUCCGCCAACCUCCAUGGAUUCGUCUCUUCAGAGCCACAAUGAAAGCCAGUCUUCGUUGCCAGUUCCGGGAUCGCCAAGAACCGCACCGCAGUCCCCUCGACCAUCCUCGGAGUUGCCCGCCGUAGUUCAGCCCCAUCCAAAACGCAAUCCAGCAUUUGCCAUAGGUCCUACUGGUGAUUCCAACCCAGCUUCCCGGGACGCCAGUCCUGCCGGCUCUGGUGGUGAUCGCACGCCAGGCGCAUCCUCCCCGGCACCUGGUAGCCGCCCAUAUACACCACAAGGAGAGAAGGAAGACACCUACACUCGCUCCAAACGUGCGGCACAGGCGAGAAACCUCGACUCACUAGAAGCCCGCUACAUCUACGGUGGUCGUGAUGGACGCAGUUCGGCAGCAUCAUCAGUAUAUCAGUUACCACGCUCCAAGGGCACUGAUUCGGACAAGGAGGACAACAAGCGGUCGAGCAUAUUCGGAAAGAGGUCCAUCAAGGGCCAUGGCUCUGAUGCUGAAGAUGUCAAGUCGCCGACCGGUAAACACCAUGGAUCAAUGGCUGAACUCAAGCGCUUCUUCAAGAUUGGACACAAGAACAAGGACAAGGACAAGGACAAGGAAAAGCGCGGAAAGUCUCCUGCACCAUCCAUUCGGAGUCAGAAGAUCAAGUCAACCAAAUCCGGUACCAUGACACCGCCCGUAACGAACGGUUCGAUACAUGUCCCCUUUGCGGAUGACCAUGGCCUGCAAAGCAAGUACGGAAAGUUUGGCAAAGUGCUGGGAUCCGGUGCUGGUGGCUCGGUUCGGCUUAUGAAGCGAAGUAGCGAUGGCACAACGUUCGCCGUCAAGCAGUUCCGUAACCGCCAUUCGUACGAAUCCGAAAAAGAUUACAACAAAAAGGUUACUGCCGAGUUCUGCAUAGGAUCAACACUCCAUCAUGGGAACAUUAUCGAGACCAUGGACUUGGUGAAUGAAAAAGGAAGCUACUUCGUCGUCAUGGAAUACGCACCCUUUGAUCUGUUCGCAAUAGUAAUGACGGGAAAGAUGAGUCGCGAGGAGGUUGCCUGUGCCACACUGCAGAUUCUCAAUGGAGUCACCUAUCUGCAUAGCAUGGGCUUGGCUCACCGUGAUUUGAAGCUUGACAAUGUCGUUGUCAACGAACACGGAAUCAUGAAGAUUAUUGAUUUUGGUAGUGCCGCCGUCUUCAAAUAUCCAUUUGAAGACGAAAUCGUCCUCGCCAGUGGUAUUGUCGGCUCGGAUCCUUACCUUGCACCUGAAGUGUAUGAUCUGUCCAAGUACGACCCACAACCUACCGAUAUCUGGUCACUUGCUAUCAUGUUCUGUUGCAUGACAUUACGCCGGUUCCCAUGGAAAGCGCCACGGAUAUCCGAUAACUCAUACAAACUCUUUGUCUCACCUCCCAACGACGGGCCAAGGUCGAUCACCGGGCCCUCCAAGUCGGCUACGGAUCUUGAGAGUACGGCACGUGACGAACGCCGGCAAUCUGGGCUUGGCUCUGAGUCUACAACCCGGCAUCAAUCCUCUGAACACCCUUCGACUGAGCCGCGCGCAUCUACGUCAUCAAAUGGCCAGCAGCCGCCGCAGGUGAUCAAAGGUCCUUGGCGCCUCCUGCGUUUGUUACCUAGGGAGAGCAGACACAUUAUAGGCCGCAUGCUGGAAGUCGACCCCAAGAAACGCGCAACGCUGGAUGAGAUACUCGAAGACAAGUGGGUCAUCAACAGCGAGGUGUGCUCGCAAGAAGAGGGCGGUAGGAUAAUACGAGCCGGAAACCAUGAGCAUACGCUUGAGCCUGGAGCUGGAGGCUCGUCUGCUCCUAAUACACAACAGAAGAAGUAAAAGAAGGACAGAGGCGAUAGCUUAUGGAGAGGGGGACUGGUAGAUAGGCGGCCGGGACGGUUAAUAUUGGGGUAUUUUUUUGGAUGAUUAGACAGGUGGGUGUUUGACCAAAGGUGGUUGUUGCUGUUGUUUGCAUGAUGCCAGAUAUUCCCAUGUCCGAACUAGAGAGGAGAUUCCUUGUCCUGUUUUUCUUCGACUGCGUGUACGCGCGCGGGGUAUUUCCUUUUUCUUUUUCUUGGCAAAUUUUUAGAGGUUACGAUCACAAAGAGAGCGAUAUAUAAAUAUAUAUUUGAUACAAAUGGAGAGGAGAUGGGGGGAUGGGGGAUGGGGGUGUAGGGUUUGAAAGAGAAAGCAAGAGAUUCGUAGGGAAGAAGGGGGUAUAGCAUAAUAAAAAAGCAUUGCGAUGACCA